AUGACUAGUAGGCGGGAAAUCGUCUCGCCUCCGCGAUGGGCCUCUCGCUGUCCGAAAGAAAUCUCUUCUAGUUCUUCUCAAAAUCAUUCAAGCCGAGGAAAGAAACCACUGCGGAGGUCUCCCUUCGCUUCCUCUCGCAUGCGAACCCUUAGAACACGUGGUGCGAAACGGGACGGUGUGGGGAUGCUCAUCCCGGAGUCUAUCCUGCAGGCACAGCAUGUGAGCUACGAUGCGUUUGACCGCAAGGUGGAGGAGUGCUCGCGUGAGAUGUUGGGAUUCACGGAGACAGCUGGAGUAAACCUAUCGAUGGAGAACGCCAGCGAUGAUAGGUGCAGCACAGGUCCCAUUAACUACGGAGCUGCUUUUGACUACAGCAAGAUAACCUUCCACGGUUGUUCUAAAGAUGCGAGGCGGCUUUCAGAAGCCACCACACCUUUAGCGAUAGUUCGUGAUUUACAUGGUAAGGGGGUAUCACACAUUUCAAUGGACAAAAAUAGAUACCCCUCGGUUAUGUGCAGCGAGCCCUUCCGGGGGCUGGAGGCAGCAUCUCAUAAUAUGGUUGCCUACGUACGGGAAACUCAUUGUCCCCCACAGACCACCACACCUUCACCUGAUGCAAAGUCAGAUACUCAUCAAGACCACGAUAUGGCGUCACGCCGUAUCGUUCAGUUAGAUAAUGGUGAAAAAAUAUCGAUCCGACGUGAUCACUUGGCAGCAGUUCGGAGGGUGGCAUUAGGUAGUCUGGAUAAUCCUACAGACGACCAGUCAUGGCUUGAUACGAUUUUGUCAACCCCUAAUGAAGCGGAGACACUAUUACAAAAGGGGAGUGGUGAAGACAGAAGAAAGUCUGACACAGGUACUGCUUCGCAACGUCGCUUUCUGAGGCGGCUCAAAAAGGCUGAGCGGUCCGAUAUGAGGCAUGGCCUAACACGCCAUCCGUGUCGAGUACAAGGUGGAGGCUGUCGCAGCAACCUCAAAGACGGUUGUAUUUGUCCAGCGCUUAGCUUUGCGUCGUUCUCGUGUGCCCCACUGAAUGUUGCUUCAACAAUGUGCCCCUAUGCGCAGUACCCCUCUGUGUGUUGUGUAGACUAUUUGAGACAUGGCCGAUGCAAAUUGGCAGAGCUAGGCUGCUGCCCGUGGUUCCAUGGCGACCCUGGUUUAAUCGACCCGCAGAGGCUUCUGGCGGAGUUCCUCAUCACGGACGAAGGCGUUGAUGAGGACGCCACAGCACUGGUUGUACAUCGUUUGCGGGAAACUUCCAGCUUUGUGGGGCUAAUCCUACAGGUCAUUGUGGAUCUGAUCAUCGUCACGAUAGAAGAGAACGACAGUCUUGAUGCUUUUCUUGGGUCAGCAGAGUCUCAAAGUAGCAUGCGCCCUCGCAGAAUUGGACUGCUACGUGAACUUCUUCAGGAUCGCCGCGUAGCUUGUCGCGGCAGCUCAGAGCAGCGGCUAUGGGAUGAAGGAAAAGAUGAAUUAUGCCAGUGGUUGAGCAUAUUUAGGGCUCCUACCUUGUUACCUUGUGUAUCAAAGGAAGUGGAAGAAGGAGGUCAACACGUGUGGUGCCUGGGCCUAGACCUGAGUGUAGUGAAGUGCGUGUUAAAUUCUAGCGCAUCUGAGACGGUCAUGCCUGAUGAUCUUGGUCUGAAGCACGACAGUGAAGCUUUUUCUGCGUGCAGCAACAAUCUCUUGCUUCGCACUUACACGGUGCAUGACCCAGUCAUCUCUUCUGUGAAUAGAGCAUUGUCUCCUCAUCACAAAGCCUCUCUCGACGCUCCUGAGACUAACGAUAAAGUUGACAUAGGAGAGAUCUUCCGGAUAUGGGGCUCCUUUUUUGCUCUCAACGCGCCAACCGCGAGUGCAGAUAUGAGGAAAGAUGUUCAAAAAGCACAGUAUAUGCAGCUCUCACCUAUGUUCACUCAGUGGGCUGUUGACGCAGCCGCACAUCAGCUUUCGCGCGCCAGAUGCUCAGCUCACGCACUGAAGCAAAAUGGUGAAAAGCAAAGAGAUACACCCUCUGAACUUUUUCGAAGUGCGGCACGCUAUCUGCUGCAGCGUCGCGUGCGAGACUGUGAGGAGUUUAAUCUUUAUUUUUCUUCUACUUGUCGAGGCUCGCCGCUACCCUCCAUUACCGAGCUAGGCCGUUUACGUUGGGCUCCACUUCUGCUUCUUCAGGACUGUGUGCGCCUAAACCACAUAUCAACUAAAGAUGCACAGCCACAAUCAAUACAUGACACCAUGCGAGGUAAGGAAUUCGAGAACACUGAACUCCCUCUCCGUGUAUUCGAAGGCGAAGUCGGGGAUGAAGUGAGCGCUGAUAAAGGUAAUCGGGUGGGUCCUUUAUUUGGCUUUCCUGCGGCUUCCUCAAGUCCUCUUAUCGACCAAACACUCAGCCCUGUGCUCCCAACAACGUUCGUGCUGGACGCCUUAGUCGGGGAGUACGUAAGUAACGAUUGGAGUGCGAAGAAAGUAGAAAUGUGGAAAGGGAGUGCCGGACACGCGCUCCAUACUGAAGCUACCACGAGUGUGUUAACACUCGCGUGGCACUCCCUCCACUCCAUCGUUCUCAAACUCGGCCUAGGUAUCCUGCAUUGCAUGGAGAUUGCAGCAGCCACAGCAGUGUCUACAGAGAUUCAGAGCGACCCACAGAAUACAAGCUCUGCCGUCGUUGCUCAGCUGUUUCCUUCCUACUACGGCAGCGACGGAAGUGCAGCAGGUCUCUUCACGUUCGUUCAGACUGCACUACUUCAUUUGGGGCUGGUACUUAGUACCACCCUGAGCAAGCGCUACGAGCGGCCUCUACUAGAUUCCGCUGGGUGGACAUCGUGGACAGGGCAGUCUAUGUUUGGCGAUGAAUUUAAGGGGUCACUGUACACUGCUGCUGGUUUUGCGCGCCAUCACCAACCUGUGAUAAUGUUCGGCUGCAUGAAUUCACUUCUGAACGGUCUGCUGCUUGUGGUGCUGCAGCGAGCCGAGCGGAUGCACGCCCUAUAUGAACGCAGUCCGGUACGACGUUUACUUUUGUUUAACUUCCUUAGCAGCGCUAAAGGUAGUGAGGCCACUCAAUGGUUUGAUCAUCAAGCAAAUCUCCUGAGUCGAGUGCAUCUGCAGCGCUUCUACAGCCUCACACGUAUGAAUCACUCACUGCGCCCAUAUAUCACCGCGUCGUUCAGCAUCUGGUCCAGCCUUCAUGACCACAGCCAGCGGGUCUCGGCGGCACGCGAGCAGGCGAUGAAAGAAUUCCGGGCAAUUCGGGCAGAGUUUGACGCAGAGAGGAGGUCAAGGAAGGCGCAGGUGCGCACCCGCAAGUAUGGCGACAGUCCCGUGGGUGCGGCCGAGGAUGACCAGGAUACUCUCCCCAUCAUGGACUUGCUGCUGCCAUAUGGCUCUGCAGCCCUGAGCGCGGCUGCAACUUCCCGCUUGUUGAUCAUCCUCCGGGAGGGUGGCUCUCCCUACAAAUCUCUCCGCCUUGCAGCGUCUGUCAUUCGUGGUGCCCGUAUGCUGCGGCACGCCGCGAGGCAGCCACAGCCGCAGUAUGUGCAGUCCACUAAGACGGUCCAUCGAAUGACAAGAAGUCGUAAGACCAAUCGAAAGCACGUCACAAAGGUGCGCGUUCCCGUGGUAAAGCUCGUCAAUGGCGUCAAUGGUGAGUGGGAUAAGGAGGGAGGCCGGUGUGAAUACCGUGCUCUUAAGGCAAUAGGGCUUGUAUAUGCGUUGAACGAAGAUGUGGUUCAUGAAGCCCUGCGUGUCAGCUUGCGUAUGAGUAAGGCCGGCCCGAAGCUGUCCGACGGCAUCCUCGAUGACUGUAUUAAGGGCGCAUUGAUCGAUUAUGCGGAGGGCCGUUGCCUCCCAGCGCCUACCCCUGAGCUGGUGGAUGCUUAUCUGUCAUGGAGUUCGCACACAGAGCCUCCCCAGCAUGUGGCAUUUUCGGUUGUACCGUAUUUACUCCAACUUCUUGGGCUGCGUGCUCAGAGGGGGGAGCAGAAAAACUCACGGCUUCUCGAGGUGGAUUACACGGCUUACGGUCGUCGAAUCCCACCGACAGCCCUAUUGCUUGAGAUUCUCGCGGUGCACACCGAUCUAGAGGAUACUGCACGUCACAGGAUCUGUCUUUCGCUGCUUCAGCAAGAUAUCCAUCGCUUCGGUACUGCUGAAGUGUGCUUUGCGAUGCAGUACCGAUUAGUGUGCUGUCGGCCCAUUCUCGGUUUGUCAGUGAUGCACCGCUUUUGGCUUCAUGCCAUCGCAGAAGCGAGCGCACCUUGGCAGCUACCCCUGCAGAAAGACACAGUCUCAGGAAUAAAAGGAUGUGGAGGUGUUCAUGGUGGCAAUCCUAGAGGUGAUGCCAGUGUGCAGGAGCUGCUUUGGUCGAAGUUACGAAGCGUUGCAGAGGAAGAAUUAGAGUCCUACGGAGGUUUGUGGUUUAGCAUGGGGAACAAAAAGCUGCAGCGAAGGACUGCCUCCAAUGCGACACCCACCACCGUUCAAGAACUUAAAGUAUAUCUGCGGGGAGAAAGUGAGCGUGAUGCAAUCCCAUCGUCGCAACAACGGGUGAGCCCCAAGGCAGUCACACCGUCCUAUGAGAGCCUUCUCUAUCAACUUUGGCUUCCCUCUCAGCCCAACGAAUGGCACCGAGUGCAACUUGUUUGGUCGUUAUGUGCGGCAACGCUCCUGGGCUUGUCAGCUAGGCAGCUUGAAGCGGCGCAUGAAACCCGUCGGUCAGCCUCACAGUGUCUUUUCUACUGUUUUGUGUCCGCGUUGUCCCUCGGCGUGGGCGCCUCAGGAGGUCCAAUGGGCAUGAACACAAGGCUGGACCAGACGGUACGGGUACUGCUGCUUUCGAGGCUGUUCUCAGACCUAGACGGCGGACACACAAGGGAAAGGGGUGCAGAACCAUCAUGUGAGUACGAAAUCAACAAGUCUUGGUCUGUAGGGGAGAGGUCUCCAUCGCGAGGCUGCGACGGACUGGUGCUGUCCUCGGCCCACGUUCCGAGGGUGCGGGGAUUGCAUACUUUUCUGGACCUUCAGCAGCGGCUCGCGAUGGAGCUUCUACCGCAGAGUCUGCAGGUUGGGGGCGUGGAAACUGUCAGACAGGGAUGGGUGCCCACUCCAUGGCAGGGUCCUGUGCUUGUGGAACUGAAGGCCUUUCUUAACACAUGGCAAAGAGAUAUCGCAGAGGAAGCCGUCCCGCCCCCCGCGUGGCAGUUGCUUCAGGCGUUGCUUGCUCAGCCCUCCCUCGCGCUUGCGUGGGUAGAACGUACCCUGCUGAGUCCUAGUGAUGCGCUUUUAAUGUGGAUAGCGGCGCAUGCUGACUACCGCGAUGAACAAGAGAUCAAAGCAAUAAUACGAUGGCUUGAGGCACUUCCCAGGCCAACCGCAACUGCACAUGCAGUGCUUGCACGAUCUAAGAAGGAUUAUGCAGUGUUGCAGCAUAAGGCUCAGCGGCUGAAAAAAAGGUUCACAAAAACUUUACAUUAA